UGGAGAGACAUGAGUGCGAGAGAUAGAGAGAGAGAGAGAGAGAGAGAGAGAGAGAGAGAGAGAGAGAGAGAGAGAGAGAGAGAGAGAGAGAGAGAGAGAGAGAGAGAGAGAGAGAGAGAGAGAGAGAGAGAGAGAGAGAGAGAGAGAGAGAGCAGGGGAGGGGUAGGAUGGAUAAGAUUCCGCUCUCGAAGCAUGAUGGUGUCAGCAAGCAGUGGCGCCUGCAGCAAUAGCAGCCGCCGCAGCAACAAUGACGAGGAGCAGCAGCAGCAGCAGCAGCAGCAGCAGCAGCAGCAGCAGCAGCAGCAGCAGCAGCAGCAGCAGCCAGAGCAGCAGCAGCAGCAGCAGCAGCAGCAGCCAGCAGCAGCAGCAGCAGCAGCAGCACAGCAGCAGCAGCAGCAGCAGCAGCAAGCAGCAGCAGCAGCAGCAGCAGCAGCAGCAGCAGCAGCAGCAGCAGCAGCAGCCAGCAGCAGCGCAGCAGCAGCAGCAGCAGCAGCAGCCAGCAGCAGCAGCAGCACAGCAGCAGCAGCAGCAGCAGCAGCAGCAGCCAGCAGCAGCAGCAGCAGCGCAGCAGCAGCAGCAGCAGCCAGCAGCAGCAGCAGCAGCAGCAGCAGCAGCCAGCAGCAGCAGCAGCGCAGCAGCAGCAGCAGCAGCGCAGCAGCAGCAGCAGCAGCAGCAGCAGCAGCAGCCAGCAGCAGCAGCAGCAGCAGCAGCAGCAGCAGCAGCAGCAGCAAGGCAGCAGCAGCAGCAGCAGCAGCAGCAGCAGCAGCAGCAGCAGCGCAGCAGCAGCAGCAGCAGCAGCCAGCAGCAGCAGCAGCAGAGCAGCAGCAGCAGCAGCAGCAGCAGCAGCAGCAGCAGCAGCCAGCAGCAGCAGAGCAGCAGCAGCAGCAGCAGCAGCAGCAGAGCAGCAGCAGCAGCAGCAGCAGCCAGCAGCAGCAGCAGCAGCAGCCAGCAGCAGCAGCAGCAGCAGCAGCAGCAGCGCAGCAGCAGCAGCAGCAGCAGCAGCAGCACAGCAGGCAGCAGCAGCAGCAGCAGCAGCAGCACAGCAGCAGCAGCAGCAGCAGCAGCAGCAGCAGCCAGCAGCAGCAGCAGCAGCAGCAGCAAGCAGCAGCAGCAGCAGCAGCAGCAGCAGCAGCAAGCAGCAGCAGCAGCAGCAGCAGCAGCAGCAGCAGCAGCAGCAGCAGCAGCAGCAGCAGCAGCAGCAGCAGCAGCAGCAGCAGCAGCAGCAGCAGCAGCCAGCAGCAGCAGCAGCAGCAGCAGCAGCAGCAGCAGCAGCAGCAGCAGCAGCAGCAGCAGCAGCAGCAGCAGCAGCAGCAGCAGCAGCAGCAGCAGCAGCAGCAGCAGCAGCAGCAGCAGCAGCAGCAGCAGCCAGCAGCAGCAGCAGCAGCAGCAGCAGCAGCAGCAGCAGCAGCAGCAGCAGCAGCCAGCAGCAGCAGCAGCAGCAGCAGCAGCAGCAGCAGCAGCAGCAGGGGGGAGGCAGCAGGCAGCAGCAGGCAGCAGCAGCAGCAGCAGCAGCAGCAGCAGCAGCAGCAGCAGCAGCAGCAGCAGCAGGGAGGGCAGGCAGCAGGCGGGGGGGGGGGGGGGGAGCAGCAGCAGCAGCAGCAGGCGAGGGCAGCCAGCAGCAGAGGCAGCAGCAGCAGCAGCAGCAGCAGCAGCAGCAGGCAGCAGCAGCAGAAGCAGCAGCAGCAGCAGCAGCAGCAGCAGCAGGCAGCAGCAGCAGCAGCAGCAAGCAGCAGCAGCAGCAGCCAGCAGCAGCAGCAGCAGCAGGCAGCAGCAGCAGCAGCAGCAGCAAGCAGCAGCAGGCAGCAGCCAGCAGCAGCAGCAGGGCAGCAGCAGCAGCAGCAGCAGCAGCAGCAAGCAGCAGCAGCAGCAGCAGCAGCCAGCAGCAGCAGCAUCAGUCCGCAGCAGGAUCAUCAGCAGCGGUGGCAGCAGCGGCCGCCACCACAGCAGCAUCACUCGCAACAGCAGCAGCGUUGCAUGCCACGCCGUCACUAUCUGCGCAUUAUGCCCCACAGAUGCUCCGAGCCUGAGCCUGAGAAUGACAUGCCAUGCCAUCACGAGUUGCGCUUCACGCCCACCGGAUGCCCCUCGGAGCAGGUCUGGUUGCAGUAACAACUCAGCAGGGGAAACGCCAACGCACGUUCGGCGCGUGUCUUUCAACAGCCUUAUAGAGAGAGAGAGAGAGCAGGGGAGGGGUAGGAUGGAUAAGAUUCCGCUCGUCCGACGAGCGCGACUAGCGCGACCCAAAGAGACUUCUACACCGCGCUCAUCCCAAGAGUUCGGCAAGCCUGGGGAGGGUGAAUAUGGGGUGAGGUGGCUUGUACAGUGUAUCACAUCCCAAAAUACCAGGAUCAGAAAUACGGAGUAGGUAUACAGUAGGUACGGCAUAGGAGUCCAGAGGCAGUAUUACAGGCUGUCAGACGCGUGGCACGAUGGUGGCGAUUAACAGUCAAGGAGAGGAUAUCUUGACACUUCGUGAUAAAGCUGACUCGCGUCAUUCGCCAAGGAUGCGCCAAGAAAACGUUAAUUGCAGCAGUGCUGGGAUCCAGUUUCCGCCGCUCCCUACUCGCGGGGAUCACCGACACACG